UCUGCAAGCCGCCGCCUGGGGGAAAACAUCCCAAGAUCGGAGUCCGGCCCGGGAUAGCAGCGGCGGCCGGAGCGGAUGAGGAGCGAUAGUCUGCAGGGAACACCCGCACAUUCCCGGGGCCAGCAGCCGAUCCGGAUGUCAGCAUCUGCUGCGGGCCUCUCCCAGAAGUGCUAGCCUGGCUGCCCUGGCCUCCUCCGCCCGGUGAUGUGUCCUCUGGUAUCAGCCAGGAGCUUCUUGUGGCUGUUGUCCUUGCUGUGGUCCUGCAGAACAAGUCUUGGGGAGCUGAAGGUCCGGGUCCGUCUUGAAGAUGGUCAGGUAGCAGAGGAGAGCCUGCAGGCGGACAGCGAGAGGGACUGUAUCACUCUGGAGUUCAGGAAGGCGGAUGGCACUUUUAUCACCUACCUGGCUGACUUCAGACAGGAGGUGAAGAUUUUUCGGAUCUUAAUUUUGGGGGAAUUAGAGCGAGGACAGAGCCAGUUUCAAGCUCUUUGUUUCAUUACACAGCUGCAGAAUAAUGAGAUCAUCCCCAGCGAGUCCAUGGCCAAGCUGCGACAGAAAAACCCCCACACAGUCCGUCAGGCGGAAGACCUGAGAGGAUUCGAGAAUUUGCAGAUGGAUGUAGCUGUGAAUUUUACUAAAGGUAUCCAGCUGAGCUCCCACAUUCACAACGUCUGCUCUGAGGCCAGAGAGGCGAUCUAUACACGGCAGGAAGAUGUGAGGGCGUGGCUAAAGAAAGGUGUGGACGGCUCAAUGUUUGAAGUCCUUCCUCAGACGUCGUCGUCCCUUCCUCUUCUGCACCCCUGCAAGGACUGUUCUCACGACUGGAAAGCCUGCAUCUGCUCCUACCGUCUGAGCCUAGAAUGGAUUCCCUGUAGCCUGAAAUACUGCAAAACUCGGGAUUCCUCUGGCAAGACCACGUCUUACAAGUGCGGAAUCCGCAGCUGCCAGAAAGGGUACGUCUUCCACUUCUACGUGACCCAGAAGCAGCUCUGCCUAUGGGACGAAGAGACCUAGACCGGACCGAGCUCCACGCCAGCGCGUCAGGACACGGAAACAGGACCACGGCUUCUUGAGAUCCAACAAGUACAUUUGCCUUAAAGACCUUUUUAUACUGUGAAGUUUUAGGAUCUUCUAAGAAGUAGAUCUACGCACAUCUACCUUCCAUUUUGCUUUUAUCUUAAGGCUGAGAAGAAAGCGUCUUCUCCAUAUUAAUUGCACAAUCACUGAACCUUCUCAGCACACUCAUGUGCCUUACCACGAAUAUCCCUUUUUUUUUUUUUUCUUACACCCCAGAAGAUGGACUAUUGUAGGUCUCCAGUAGGACAUGGUGAAGAAAACCAGUAUUAAAGGAACUGUGAACAUCUGGGAAUGGUUUAACCCUUCCUUUGCCAGGAGGAUCUUACAUUUUUUAUUUUAUUUUUUUACAUAAGUUUUUUCUGGUCCUGCCGGCAACAAUGGUUUAAACGUCCCAGAUUCUCCAUGUGCCUUCUUCAUUCUAUAUAAUGUAUUUUAAUAUAGUUCUGAUAUUUUUGUAUGAAGAUGCCUCUUUUUUUUUGUAUCAUCAAGUCCAG